AAGCUACACUCUUUGAGUUCACAUUAUCUGUAUAUCUAUACCUUCUUCCAAUGGAAAUCCAGUUCCAACAGCAGCCAAGAGUUUUGAAACCGAGCAAAGGGAGAGGUAAGAACAGCAGCAACAACAAUAAGUUUGUGGGGGUGAGACAAAGGCCUUCAGGAAGAUGGGUGGCUGAGAUCAAAGACACAACACAGAAGAUCAGAAUGUGGCUCGGGACGUUCGAGACUGCUGAAGAAGCGGCUCGGGCCUAUGAUGAGGCUGCGUGCCUUCUUCGUGGUUCCAAUACGCGAACCAAUUUCAUUACACACGUUUCCCAUAACUCCCCACUUGCUUCCCGGAUUCGCAACCUACUCAACACCAAGAAAACGCCCAAGAAAAGGAAUCAAGAUUCCUCCAUCCCCUCGGUCUCUGUAACCAGUUGCAACACAACUCCAAGUGUAACCAAUGUCGGUGUCAGUACCAGUGACAGUAACAGUAUCAGUACCAGUACCAGUACCAGUAGUAGUUCGAGUAAUAGUGGUGGGAGUGGGGAUUCCCUUUCUUCUGGUGCGAAACUAGAAGAUAAUCUUUCUAAAUUGUUUGAUGAUGCUUAUAAACCGGAUUUGAGCAAUAUGUCGUGGGGUUUUGAGGAUCAUAGAUAUGCAUCGAGCCAAACGAUGGUCGAGUUGCCUAAAAACGUGGUGUUGUCUGAGAUGGGUUUGGUAACGGAGUUUUCUGAAUUCGAGAGGAUGAAAGUAGAAAGACAGAUAUCGGCGUCGCUAUAUGCAAUGAACGGGGUUCAAGAGUAUAUUGAAACUGUGAAUGAUCCUAAUGAAGCAAUCUGGGAUCUUCCUCCUUUAUGUUCUUUGUUUUGUUAAAUUUCAUAGUUUUGUUUUAGGAUUUAAUUGCAAAUUUUGAAAUAACAAGGAACUUAUUAGGCUCCCAUUUCUUCUACUUCUGAAUCAACACGAUACCCGGUUUCUGGCUCUGAUUUAAGUCAUCUUUUUGCACCAAGUUCAUAAAAUAUGUGUUUACAGAAGUGUUGUAUAAAUAUAUAUACAUGACGUACAA